AUGCAGGAUGCAAUGCGUAAGAAUUUGGAGGAGACAUGGGACAAGUUGAAGGGUUGGCUUAUGUAUAACGGGUCAAAUGAAAUAGCGAAUUUCUGUGACAGAAGUAAGGGACUUUGGCCGGGGGGCAAUUGGCCCGGAUAUAUGGAAUUGUUGUGUCAACCUAUAUUAGAAAUAAAAUAUUUCAUCAGUGGUAUAAAGACAGCCAGGGACAGUGGAUCAAAGAACGAUGUGCCACCAACCUAUGAAACUGUCGACAAUGUUGAAGCUUAUAAACGAUGUCUUGUUGGCACCGUCGCCUUAUCUGAAAUUUAUGGCGACCAUUGUAAAUUGAAGGAUGUCAUAGGGAAGGUUGAAGGACAAAUAAUGGACAAAGUGAAAGCGCACUAUAAGGAAAAGGGUAAGAGUGUAACGUUCCAUGAAUGUAAAGGAAAAGUGGAUGGGACCACUUUAAUGCUUGCUAAAUCACUUCUUCAGGAUAAAAUCAAACAGUGGACAGAAGAAAAAAGGAAAUCAAAUGAAGGUUGGAGGGUAGGGAGCGAGUUGUGGGGAAGAAUGAAGAUGCGUUGUACUAAUAGUAAAAAUCCGCCUCAAAGUCUCGUGGACGCUAGGAAGAAAGAGUGGAAGGAAAGUAAUAAAGGAAGUACAGCAGCAUUCUUAGGAGUAAAGAGUGAUGAUAAAAGGAGUGAAGGAGCUCUGAUGAGUGAGAUAAUGGAGGAUGACGACAAAUUCUCAUCGUCGAAAUUAGGUGAAAUGUUGAAGACAGCAGUGGCAGGGGCGAUAACAUCGGGGAAUAACAUUGAUGUAGACAGGCUAGUUCAGAGUAUAAAGGAGGGAGCGGAAAAAACAGUAGCUCAGGAAUGCAUGAAAGACAACAGCAACGAUUUUUGCCAGCGCUUGCAAUGUGCACAAAAACAUUGGGAAUUAAGGGGACAGCAGAAACCGGGGCAAACGCAGGGAAGCAGCAGCAAC